CCCCGCUGGAAUACUGCAGCACUUCUCUGGAGCUAAUUGACUGUGGAUAGACAAAUUCAGCUGAGAAGAGGUGAAAGAUUCAUCGGAUCGCUCGGGGUAACCUGUUCAUUGUCUGCAAGAGCAAAGAUUGUUGAGAGAUAGCCAUGCCUCUUACGGUUCUUCCCAUGUUGGGCCCGAUUUCUGUGUCUGAGAGCCUCGUGGCCAUCAUCACGAUAUGUGUGGUGUAUCUGCUGAUGCGCCUCAUGCGUACUAAGAUCCCAGAAGGGCUCCAGAAGCUGCCGGGACCGAAGCCUCUUCCCAUUAUCGGAAAUGUUCUGGAAGUGGGAAACAACCCACAUCUCAGCCUGACCGCUAUGAGUAAGUGCUACGGCCCCGUCUUCCAGAUCCAGAUCGGCAUGCGUCCCGUUGUAGUACUCAGCGGAAACGACGUGAUCCGUCAGGCCCUCCUCAAACAAGGCGAGGAGUUCGCCGGACGUCCGGAUCUCUAUAGCACUAAGUUCAUCAGCGACGGAAAGAGCCUGGCCUUUAGUACGGAUCAGGUGGGUGUCUGGCGCGCCCGUCGCAAGCUGGCCCUCAGCGCCCUGCGAACCUUUGCAACGUUGCAAGGCGAAAGCUCAGAGUAUUCAUGUGCCCUUGAGGAGCACAUCAGCAAGGAAGGUCUCUAUCUGAUUGAAAGGCUUCACAAUGUCAUGAAGGCCGACGGGAGCUUCGAUCCCUUCCGGCACAUCGUGGUGUCUGUGGCCAACGUGAUCUGCGGGAUUUGCUUCGGCCGGCGCUACAGCCACGACGACGACGAGCUGGUGAGCUUGGUCAACCUGAGCGAUGAGUUCGGGAAGAUCGUGGGAAGCGGCAAUCCUGCGGAUUUCAUCCCUUUCUUGCGUAUCCUGCCCAGCACAACGAUGAAGAAGUUCGUGGCCAUCAACGCUCGCUUCAGCAAGUUGAUGAAGAAGAUCGUCAAUGACCAUUACAACACCUUCGACAAGGACAACAUCCGAGACAUCACCGAUUCGCUCAUCAACCACUGCGAAGACCGGAAACUGGACGAGAACUCAAACAUCCAAGUGUCCGAUGAGAAGAUUGUCGGAAUCGUCAAUGACCUCUUCGGAGCUGGUUUCGACACUAUCAGUACGGCUCUGUCUUGGGCUGUCGUCUAUCUAGUGGCCUACCCUGAGAUCCAGGAGCGACUGCAAAGAGAGCUGAGGGAAAAGAUCGGAAUGGACCGAACGCCACGUUUGUCAGACAGAACGGACUUGCCGCUUCUCGAGGCCUUCAUUCUGGAGAUCUUCCGCCAUUCGUCCUUCCUUCCUUUCACCAUUCCUCACUGUACAUCUAAAGACACGUCGCUCAAUGGAUAUUUCAUUCCCAAAGACACCUGUGUGUUUGUAAACCAGUGGCAAGUCAACCAUGACCCAGAACUGUGGAAGGAUCCGUCGAGCUUCAACCUCGACCGAUUCCUCACCGCGGACGGUACGUACCUGAAUAAGAUGGAAGGAGAGAAGGUGUUGGUUUUCGGGCUUGGGAAGCGGCGCUGCAUUGGAGAGUCCAUCGGACGUGCCGAGGUCUUCCUGUUCCUAGCCAUCCUUCUCCAGAGGUUAAAGUUCAGCGGGAUGCCGGGAGAAAUGCUGGAUAUGACGCCAGAGUACGGGCUGACCAUGAAACACAAGCGCUGUCUGCUGCGCGUCACGCCGCAACCCGGCUUCGAAUUCCCCGGCACUGCGGCGUGAUCUGACAGAAAGGUCAUCACAGUUUGAGCUGAAAUCCGUAGCGCUGUCACUUGCGAUUCUGGUUCGGUCCAAACCUCGCCGUCGGCUCGCAAUGCCAAAUAUUUGAAAGAUGUUUGACUGUGAUGCAGGCCAAAGCAUCCGUGCAUUUUACUGCAGUUAUUUCAACCAUGCUGGACCACAAUGCUCAUAACCCAGAGUCUGCAUGUGGCUUUAUCAUGUACAUACAUCUAUGUUUUCACAUGCACAUGCACGUUUGCAUGGGUUCAUCCUUUCAAAACUCGAAUGCUGAUGCUGAUAACAUAUUUGUGCUUCCAAAUAUAGUGCACAGAUAACACAGAGUGCCUGCCGCAGCUCAUGCGCCUUAUGCUGCUUUUGUGCCAGUCUAUCAAAAGAAUGUCUUCUUUUGUCAUAAGCUUAAUACAGAUUCCUCAAAUCUGCUGGACGACAUACACUGAAGCUAUUUUCUGUUUGAUUACGAUCCCAAAAUGUGAUCCACUUGUAAAUGUACAGCCACUUUUACUCUGCACAUUUUCCAUGUGCCUGAUCUUAUACGUUUGUACAGACUGCUGAAGAUUUAUAUAUACUUUUUUGUAUUUAUCAAGGUGCUUCUGGACAUUCGAUAUCAUUCUAGAUCAAAUUUUCUUCCCUGAAUGUUUUUGUUGUUUAAUUGUCUCUAUGACAUGAUACUCUUUGUGGUGCUUAAUGUUUUGUAUAAUGAAGGAUGUCAUGAAAUUAAUGUCUGAAGUACUACAAUUAAUAAUUCCUGCAAAUAUGAUCUCAUAUCAGCUCUGCCAGCAGGGGCAUGUUUUUGCAUAGCCUAUUUGUGAUUGCUAAAUGAAUAAUAAAACUUUCAUUGUGAA